UGUAACGUGCCCGCGCUUCCUCCUGCUGUCUUUUAUGAGUUACUAGGUUCCCUACUCUUUACGUCCCCUUUACUUAUUUCCACUAUAAUUCUAUUUUCCGCCCAGGUCACCUCUGAUCUUAUUGCGCGCACGCGCUUCCUACCAGGCCCAGGGCGCGCUCUCGUGUCUAUCUGUGAGAGUGGGAGUGAGCUAGAGGAAUCGGGGGCGCGCCGGGCUGAGGAAGAGACUCAUAGACUGAAAACCCCGGUGCGUUCCUCCCCAGGCUCCCGGCCGGGCUGAACAGCGGGCUGUACGGACAGGCCCACCCGAGCUGGGUGCCGGUGGAUAGUAGAGUUAUCUCGUAAAUCCGGGCGUCGCCCCCUCGCUUGCGGGAAAGAUGCCUGCCGUAUCUAAGGGAGAUGGGAUGCGGGGCCUGGCUGUGUUCAUAUCGGAUAUCAGGAACUGCAAAAGCAAAGAAGCUGAGAUAAAAAGGAUAAACAAAGAGCUGGCAAAUAUUAGAUCCAAAUUUAAGGGAGACAAAGCUCUAGAUGGCUACAGCAAGAAAAAGUAUGUCUGCAAACUGCUGUUUAUCUUCUUACUUGGCCAUGACAUCGACUUUGGCCACAUGGAGGCGGUGAAUCUGCUGAGCUCCAACAAGUACACAGAGAAGCAGAUUGGAUAUCUCUUCAUCUCCGUACUAGUAAACUCCAACAGCGAACUGAUACGCCUCAUUAACAAUGCCAUAAAGAAUGACCUGUCCAGUCGUAACCCCACUUUCAUGGGACUGGCGCUGCACUGCAUCGCCAACGUGGGAAGUCGUGAGAUGGCAGAGGCCUUCGCGGGUGAAAUCCCUAGAGUUUUGGUGGCUGGGGACACGAUGGAUAGUGUUAAACAAAGUGCUGCCCUCUGCUUGUUACGUCUCUACCGCACCUCCCCCGAUCUAGUGCUUACAAGUGAAUGGACGUCUCGAGUGGUGCAUCUUCUCAACGACCAACACCUGGGUGUAGUAACAGCAGCAACCAGUCUCAUCACUACAUUGGCACAGAAGAAUCCCGAAGAGUUUAAAACAUCUGUGUCCCUGGCUGUCUCUAGGCUGAGCAGGAUUGUCACGUCCGCAUCCACAGACCUGCAGGAUUACACUUACUACUUUGUACCCGCUCCCUGGCUGUCCGUGAAGCUGUUAAGGCUGUUACAGUGUUAUCCGCCCCCAGAGGACCCAGCAGUCCGAGGCCGGCUAACAGAGUGUUUGGAGACUAUCCUGAACAAGGCACAAGAGCCUCCAAAAUCCAAGAAAGUGCAGCACUCCAACGCCAAGAAUGCUGUAUUGUUUGAGGCCAUCAGUCUUAUUAUUUACCAUGACAGUGAACCAAACCUGUUGGUACGAGCUUGCAAUCAGCUUGGCCAGUUCCUGCAGCAUCGAGAAACCAACCUACGUUACCUGGCUUUGGAGAGCAUGUGCACCCUGGCCAGUUCGGAGUUCUCUCAUGAGGCGGUCAAGACGCACAUUGAGACCGUAAUCAAUGCACUAAAGACAGAAAGGGAUGUUAGCGUUCGACAAAGAGCCGUGGAUCUCCUGUAUGCAAUGUGUGACAGAAGCAAUGCCCAGCAAAUAGUGGCAGAGAUGCUCAACUACUUGGAGACUGCAGAUUACUCCAUCCGCGAAGAGAUUGUGUUGAAGGUGGCUAUCCUUGCAGAGAAGUAUGCAGUAGAUUACACCUGGUAUGUGGACACUAUCCUGAAUCUUAUCCGCAUCGCGGGGGACUACGUGAGUGAAGAAGUGUGGUACCGUGUCAUCCAGAUUGUUAUCAACCGAGAUGAUGUACAAGGCUAUGCAGCCAAGACAGUCUUUGAGGCUCUCCAGGCUCCUGCAUGCCAUGAAAAUCUAGUUAAGGUUGGGGGUUACAUCUUAGGUGAAUUUGGAAACCUUAUUGCUGGUGACCCACGUUCUAGUCCUUUGAUUCAGUUCAAUCUGCUGCACUCCAAGUUUCACCUGUGCAGUGUUCCCACUCGGGCUCUGCUUCUCUCUGCGUACAUCAAGUUUAUCAACUUAUUCCCUGAAAUUAAGCCCACCAUCCAGGACGUGUUACGCAGCGACAGCCAGCUCCGGAACGCCGAUGUGGAGCUUCAGCAAAGAGCUGUAGAGUAUCUGCGUCUCAGUUCAAUUGCCAGCAAUGACAUCCUGGCUACUGUUUUGGAGGAGAUGCCCCCAUUCCCAGAAAGAGAAUCCUCCAUUCUGGCCAAAUUGAAGAAAAAAAAGGGACCCGGCACAGUGACGGACCUUGAAGACACCAAGAAGGAGAAAAGCGCUUCUGAUGUGAACGGGGGCACUGAGCCCGCCCCUGUCAGCACGGCGCCUCUCUUUCUUCCCGUGAAUGUAUUUGAAGGUCUACCACCAUGUACAGUGCGUCCUCGCCCCAUCUCUCUCCUGGCAUCGCUGUUGCCCAGCACAGAUUAUCCACUUUCUGAGAUGGAGUCUCUAGCAGGCCUGCCAAUCUGCCAGUCCACCCCCUCUCCUUCGGCUGACCUCCUGGGUCUGGGAGCUCCCGCUGCUUCUAGUCCUGUUGCACCUUCUACAGCAGGACUUCUAGUUGAUGUCUUUGCCGAUGCUUCCCUGUCUGCUGCUGCUGGCCCCACAGACACAGAGGAUAACUUCCCAAGUGAUGUCCCAACUUCCUCAGAAGGGGCAUCUGGGGAACCUGACCCCACUGUGCACGAUGCAGAGGAUUUCUUCCACAAGUUUAUUUGUAAGAAUAAUGGUGUCCUGUUUGAGAAUCAGCUUCUACAAAUUGGUCUAAAAUGUGAAUUUCGACAAAAUCUGGGUCGUAUGUUUAUCUUCUAUGGCAACAAGGUGUCUGCACAAUUUCAGAACUUCACUCCAACCUUGAUAUGUUCUGACGAGCUGAAUGGCAAUUUGAAUCUCCAGUCAAAACCGGUUGAGCCCACUGUUGAUGGAGGAGCCCAGGUACAGCAGGUGGUCAACAUUGAAUGUGUACAAGAAUUUGCGGACGUUCCUGUUCUAAACAUCCAGUUCAGGUAUGGAGGAACAUUACAGAACUUUUCUGUGAAGCUGCCCAUUACUCUGAAUAAGUUUUUUCAGCCCACAGAAAUGAAUGCUCAGGAAUUCUUUCAGCGCUGGAAACAACUGAGCAGCCCUAACCAAGAGGUCCAGAAUAUUUUUAAGGCAAAGCAUCCAAUGGAUACAGAGAUCACAAAGGCAAAGCUCAUUGGAUUUGGCCCUGCUCUCCUGGAAAAUGUUGACCCAAAUCCGUCCAAUUUUGUGGCAGCUGGAAUCAUUCAGACAAAGUCCCGGCAGGUGGGAUGUCUGCUACGCCUUGAACCCAAUGUCCAGGCACAGAUGUACCGGCUCACCAUACGCACAAGUAAAGAAGAGGUGUCACAGAGAUUAUGUGACCUGCUCUCUGAGCAGUUUUAAUUCCAAAUUACGCUGGCUGCAAUACCCCUGUCUUUGUGAUCCCCAGUACUGCCGGGUUCUUUCUCAUCUCAGUGAAAAUAAAUAUUCCUUACAUA